GUUUAAGCCGAUCUCUGGGGUAAGCCGUUGGGCAGUCGCCAAGACCUAGAGAGAAAAACAACGGCGCGUUCUGAGGUUGUGUUKAUAGUGUACCCGCUUGAUUCAUCAGUAAAGAGAAGGAUUUCACUGAUUUAUAACGACUGUUGGGAUAACUUGUGUUAAGCGCGUUGAACGCGUUCUCGGAUCUACGAUGUUCAAACGCUUUCACAAGAACAGAAAAUCGACCCGUCCAGAAAUUUCGAGUCCGACAAACUUCGAACACCGUUUUCACACUGGAUUCGAUAGGUCUGGGAAAAAAUUCGUUGGUCUUCCUCCGCAAUGGGAGGCUGUCUUAGGAAUGAAAGAUCCCAAAAGACCUCCACCUUUAGUAGAUCCAGAUGCAAUUACAGAAGUAUCGCCACUCAGGAGGUCCGAAGUGAAUAUGAUAAACACUCAAAGACGUAAUCCACAGUUUAAUAAAGUAUUUUCAGUUAGCCGUUCGAAUUCUUUACGGGACUCGUUUCGCGGUUCUUCUUCCUCGAGGCCUGUAAUACACUCAAGACCAUCACAUCCGAGAAUCGAUGAAUCUUCAGAAUCACCUGAACGCUAUCCUGGAAGGCAUCAUCGUCCAGGACGAGAAAGAUCUCGACGAAGCCAUCACGAUGACUUUGAAGGGCAACCUCGCUAUCCACAAAACGGAUACUACGACGAAUCAUUACAACACCGUCUACAUCCUGCAGCUCAAAGAGAGAGCUCUGAUUAUGGAUCUGCAAGCACGGAUUCUGCUGGUGAAAACUCCGAUGACAUUAGAAAUAGUAAAACUCGUCUGAUGUUCUCAGAUACUGCCGUUACACAUGACCAGUUUAGAAAAGCUCUAGAAUUAGUGGUUACUUCGGUGGGAACUCCUGAAAAUUUAGAAAACUUUAUGAAAAUAGGCGAGGGAUCAACUGGUGUUGUUUGUCUUGCACGAGACAGAAGGACAGGACGUCAAGUCGCUGUGAAAAAGAUGGAGUUGAAAAAACAACAACGAAGAGAAUUAUUGUUCAACGAGUUGUCUGAGGAGCAAGUGGCAUGUGUGUGCAGAUCAGUGCUAAAGGCUUUGACCUUCCUACACUCUCAAGGUGUCAUCCAUAGGGACAUUAAGAGUGACAGUAUUCUGCUAACGUCACGUGGCACUGUUAAGUUAUCAGAUUUUGGAUUCUGUGCUCAAAUAACAGAGGACAUGCAAAGACGAAAAUCAUUGGUAGGGACACCUUACUGGAUGGCCCCAGAAGUAAUUGCUAGGAAACCAUAUGGAACAGAGGCKGAUAUCUGGUCUCUUGGUAUUAUGGUACUGGAAAUGUUAGAUGGGGAGCCACCAUACUUCAAUGAACCUCCUUUACAAGCCAUGAGAAAACUAAGGGACGCAGAUCCCCCUUCAUCAAGAAAGCAUAUGCAGUUGUCUCCACGUAUUAUAUCGUUUCUACGCCAUGCUCUCAUCCACGACCCCAUUCAGCGAGCCACAGCCUUCGAACUGCUCAACCACCCUUUUAUUCGUAAUGUUAGCAGCUCGUCUUCCAUGGCCGAUGUGAUGAAGAGUUAUCGACACAGUGUAUGCUGAAUGUUCGAGAAUAAGUCGAAACACCUCUGGAGUAGAGUAUGUAUUGACCUAACUGACCAAAUGGGCGAUCUCUUUUGAUGGCGUUGUUGACUGACAUUUUCCUUCGAUAGCAUAAACAAACUUUCUUCAAGCUAGUAACAAUAAGAGUUCGUUGAAUCAGAAGUCAUGGAUGUUUUGUUUAUUAGUAACUACUGAAAAAUUGAGAACGUUUGGUACAACUGGGAAAUUUGCUCUUUUUUUCAAGACUACGAAAAAGAAGUUACAAAUAAAUGCAAAUGUACGACUGCUGYGUGACAACUUCUGUCUAACAGGCAUCACAGACAUUCAUAAACAUUGCAAAUUUUAUUGUUUUUAAACUCUGAUAUUUUUUAAAAAAUUCAAGGUAUUUCUCGCGAACGUUUAUUGUUUAAAAUGUACGGUAUAUUCUCUAUUGGGUUAUYGACUCAUGCAGUUGUUGCUUUGAAGUUUUGUUUAUGCUCUAUGAAGGGAAAAAAACAUGAAUAUUCCGUUAGACUGGCAGGUCAUCCCAGGUCGUCUCACUAACGAUACCUUGAUAGUUUUAGUUGGCCUUUUCAAAGCCAGAAUAUAUAUUUUUAAAUAACAAUAAUGAAGCUGCCAAGUUAUUGAUAUACCUGUCUGGCCACAGGUAGCCCAAGCCACAAAAUACGAGUAUGUAAAUAUUGGAAGUUCAUCAAUUAUCUUUGGGUAUUUCAAUAUUUUCAUUUUAGAGAAAAAUAUAUAUGUAUUUUAAAAGGCUAUUUCUUAUGCUAUAUUGAUGUAAUCUUGGGCAGAUAUACCUUAGCCUCACAUGGGAUCUUUUGUUUACACCUGCACACAAUUGAGGCUAAGGGCACAUCAACAUUUACGAAAUUGCAUUUGCUCACGGACAUGAAUAUCUUAAUGUUUAUUUGGGGGGCGGGGUCAAUUCUGAUCUACCUUGUCAACGCAAUGCCGGCGGAGGCCAAAAUCCAAAUUCUAAUUGUGAUGGUGUUGGAUUAGUUCUAUGGUCAUAGAUUAUUGUCUGUUUAUUCUUGAUAAUUGGUGAUAGUCAUUACCAAUAGAUCUUAUUCCUCUUGGUACAAUGUUUCUUUAUUGCACACCACAUGUCAUUCUCUUSAGAGAAUUUUUUUUAAACACCUUGAUGUUCUUGUCACGUGAAUGCCACGUGUUCUUUCUGUAAUGGGAAAACAUUGCACCAAAAUGAAUAAUGUCUAAUMGCAUAUGCACCAUCACGUGAUGACAGCCAUGGCAGGAGGCAGGAACAGUUGAAUCUGGUCUAAUCUGAAUUAAAUGAGAARAAAAUCACUUUCCCAGGGCAAAGAGGCUCCGUUAUUGUGCUCCUGCGAUAGCUACCAUCACGUGAUGGUGUAAAGCCUCUAUAGGCAGUUGCGCCAACAGGUUUAAUACGUGACCCUACUCUCCUUAUAAGGGCAAUACAAUUUUCAUAUAUUUCCUUGGUUUUGCUGGACCUAUGUUCUAAAGUUCUCAGUGUCGUACGGUGAAAUGGAAGUUUCAGUUCCAGUCUAGGAAGCCUGUUAGGAAGAUUAGACGGGCGAAAAACGGCUAAUAUCAUGUACUAUCUCCUUGUUAUACGAGGAAAAAAUAUUUAAAACAUAUAGACCAAGGAAAAAUAUAAUUGUAGAUAAAACAUCCUUAAAUAAGGAUGUUCAUGCACGCGCAAGAUAUUUUUUUACCACACGUGAAUUUUUAGUCAAAAAUCUAGAAUCAAGAAUCCAGAAUUAUACAAAAUGAAAAAAGGACUGUGUCUGACUUAUAUAUAAAUAUAUAUUUCAUAUCAUUAAGGAAAUAUUUACACAYAUUGAUUUUUAUCGUUUUCAGUGUAAAGACACAAAUAGACCACGUUUGAGGUUUGAAAAUUCUCGCUUGAAGUCGAGCCUUCMGUAAAUUUAAUAGUACUUCAUGUAGUUUCAGAAAUAUGAUUACCUUGAUUUAGUUUCUUUUAAAAAUACAGAAAAGUAUGAUACUUGACGUUURUUUUCAAUUUUCUUAACUUUUGGUUGAAUUGCUGGUUAGGUUAACAACACAACAACGUUACCAUAGAAACCACAGCGCUAUGUGAAUUUGGUUUUUUUUCGUACAUAAUUUGUUAGUGGAAGUCUCUAUUUCGUCCCAUAAACUUGAUAUAUAAAACUUGUUCUAUUUGAGACCCACCUGGUUGGAAGUAUAAAUGAUCAAUGUGUUGAUCAGUUAUUUUUUGCUCUAGUCCAUCCAUUUUUGUGUUCUUUCCUGAGGUGUAUGGUUUUCUGUACGAAAAUAUUCUUUUCAAACAAUAGUUUUUCAGUAUAUUUAAUUUUUUGGCAUUUGGCAAUCGUGUGUAUGGUCACCGUCUCUUCCCCUCUGUAAUGGGGGAAUCGACCGUGCAGAGAAUACGUUUAAUAGACCCCUUAUGUGACGUCAAAGCAGYACAAUUUAGAUGGACAAGAAUAUCAAUUUCAUGAGAAUUGAAAACCCCAAUUGUGAUGUCCUCCGAAUUGAGCUGCAUUCCGACGUGCUGCAAGGGGUCUAUAGAAUUAUGUAGCAUUUUGUAUAUCAGCGUAGUGAUAGCAUUUUUCGUAAAUUAACACCGAAUUGCUUAUUUACUUCAUUUUUUUGURUUGUUAAAAAUGGAGUUAUUUGUAGAUACAUUGUUUAGAGAGAAAAACGAUAUUCUGCGCAUGUUCGGUGUUUGGCGGGAAAAUGGCAGACGCGUCGUUCUAUGCCCAUCGUCAGAUUCCUUGCAGGCGCAGUCGUUUGUCAACUAUGUCUAUCAGUGUCAUAACAGGGUAGCUUGUUGUCUCCUGGGUUCUAACCUGAGGCUCUCCAUCCAUGUAGUGCCUCUUGGGAUAACGAAACUUACGACUAAAAGCCACUAGAGCCAAAGAGUCUCUAGCUAAGGCAAUUGGUACUAAUUUAUUCAACACAAGAAAUGGGCAAGGGAUUCUGGUAGUGAUAGCAAAUGACGCUAUUACGUAAACGGAUUUCUUGUGUUAUAGAUCACAUAUAAGUUCAAGGCUCUUAUGUUAAUGGCUUAUAAAUCCACUAAAAGAGUGUUUUGGGUGUGUAUUGGUUACGAAUGUAUAACAGAUUUCAGUCAAAUCCAACCAGUGGUCUAUCAUCAAUGCUGCGUUCUGAUUGGAUGAGCUAUUACUAGGCUAUAAGUUAUAUCCUACUAGUAACGAAAAACUUGUUUGCUUCUGUAAAGCGUUUUAACUCAGUCCCUAGUAUUAACUGACAAUAGAGAUAGCAACCAUAUUGAUGUACCUAACAAAAGAAACUAAUAACAAAGUUAUUGUCAAAGGCACACCAAUAUGGCGGCUGUGGCGUUAUGUGAAAACGUGAAAACGCUUUAUAUGUUUAACCGACUAGKUGAAUUUGACUAAAACAAUUAGUCCUCUUGCCGUCAUGGCCUAUGASUCUAGCCCAUUAGGCUUUAAUUCGGCUAUAAUUGCUAAGUAGCCUGUAGUCUUGACUGCUUGCUUAUAUUGUAUGAUCUCGCUAGUUCGAGGAACAUUUAUUUUGYAAUAAAAUGAAGAUGUAAAUAAAAGACGAAUAUACAUUGCACAA